UCCGCCGUUUGCUUUACCCCCGUCAAUAUGGUGCAGAACGUUACUCGAAUCUUGUUUCUGGCUGUCGCCGCCGUCGCGCUUAUCGGUGGAAGUGAGGCAGCAAAUAUUCUGGGUCUGUUUCCCAGUUUAAGCCCCUCCCAUUUGAUCAUUCAAAUGUCAGCAGCCAAGGUGUUGGCGGAGCGGGGACACAAUGUCACCGUGGUCACCGUACUGAAGCCAGCAGUCAGCCAUAAGGACAUCAAUGUGAUACGCGUGCCCCUGAGUACGGAGGAGUCGGCAGAGAUGAGCGCCAUCAUAGAGAAAAUGUCAAAGAGUGACAACAAAAAUAUGCUAUAUUCCAUGUUCCGGAUGAUCGGACAGAUGAACUUUAUGUUCCGCAAAAUGGUGGAUGCCCUGAAGGAUCCGCGAGUACAGGAUCUCUAUCAGAACAAGGACAACAAAUUCGAUCUCGUACUGUCGGGAUUCUUCAUGAACGACUACCAAAUGGGCUUUGCAAGGAAAGUGAACGCCCCUCUGAUUGUGUUGGCUACCAUGCCGCCAAAUUUGUUGCUGAACUACUUGGUAGGCAAUCCCGAGGAACUCUCGUAUGUCCCAAGCAUUAACGAUUCCGUGGAAAAGGGCAAGGGACUGUCCUUCAAGCAACGCCUCGGUGGCUACGUCAUGAGCUUGGGCUUUAAGGUGUUUGCCAGAAUGACAGAGAACCGCAACAAAAAUACAUACAAAGAACUCUUUGGCGAUGAUCCCAACAUGCCCGAGUACUCGGAGAUGAUGAAGAACGCCUCCCUCGUGUUCUUUGCUUCCCAUGCACUGAGCGAGGGACCCGUGCGACCCAAUGUCCCUGGUGUGGUUGAGAUUGGUGGCAUUCAGAUCAAGGAUACGCCCGCUCCACUCCCCCAGAAUAUGGAGGAGUUCCUGGCCAAUGCCACAAAUGGAGGAAUACUCCUCAGUCUCGGCUCCAAUGUGCAGGGAAAGCAUCUCAGCCCCGACACCGUCCACAAAAUGUUCAAUGUCCUCUCAAAGCUGAAGGAGAGAGUAAUCUGGAAGUGGGAGGAUCUAGAGAAUACCCCCGGCAAAUCGGACAACAUUCUCUACUCCAAGUGGCUGCCACAGGACGACAUCCUGGCCCAUCCCAAGAUCAAACUGUUCAUCAACCACGCGGGCAAGGGAGGCCUCACAGAGGCCCAGUACCACGGAAAACCAAUGCUAUCCCUUCCCGUCUUUGGGGACCAGCCCGCCAAUGCCGAUGGGAUGGUCAAGAAGGGUUUCGGCCUCACUCUCAAUCUCCUAACCCUCGAGGAGCAGCCCUUCCGCGAGGGCAUCGAGGAGAUCCUCUCCAACCCUAAGUACUCCCAGACAGUGUCCACGUUCUCCAAGCUCUAUCGCGAUCGUCCACUCACUGCCCGGGAGUCGGUCAUCUACUGGACCGAGUACGUGAUCCGGCACCAUGGAGCGCCCCAUCUGCAGAGUCCCGUGAUGCACAUGAGCUUCAUAGCAGCCAACAACUUGGAUAUCUACGCUAUAUUAGCCAUCAUUGUAGUUGUUUUGCUGCUGCUGACAAAGGCUGUGAUUAAGUUCAUCAUCAGGAAGCUCUCCUCGAAGUCAAAGAAGGUCAAGAAGCAGUAAAGUGUGAGGAGUAGGAGUGUGUUGCGACACUCCUCUGAGCAUUCUGCCAACGGAUAGGCACAAUCCAUAGUGAAAAUACUCCAAACUCUCUUUAAACUACAUAAUUAA